GCCAGAAUACCAAUUUAACGCACUAAAUAAUUCCCAGCCUGCCUGCUCGUCUGUUCUAUUUUCCCAUCUCAUAGAGAAUAUGGAAGCGACCAAUCUCUUAAUCCAUCUACACAAGUUAUCUCCAGCGACGUCGAAGGUAUCUCUGGUCAGCGUCCUCGAAACCCUGUGGGAGACGAGGAAAUCAGGCCUCUCCCCCCUCCAGAAGUCGCAUGUCCAAUCCCUCCUCAAUCUCCCGGUUUCCGGGGAGCUGGACCCUGUUCUGUCUUGCUUGCGUUUGAUCAUCAGAAAAGUUUCUAAAGAAAAACUUUCUGAAGAGGACAUACAGAAGCUCUUUCCAGUUGACCUCUCCGCUGAUAUUAAAAAAACUCUCGUUACACUACUGCAGAAAUAUCAGAUACAAUGGGAGAAGGAAGUUGCAAGAGAGCAGACAAUGAUGAUGUUUCCAGGUAGAGUUGAUGCACCACCGGCAUAUGUACCUUUGCAAACUUCAAAUUUAUCCACAUUGCCCGGAGGUGAUAACACAAGAAGUUUUCUAUAUGGUGUCAAUAAUGGUUGCACAAUUUCAAGCUUUACAGAUGUAAAUAUUCCACGCAAAUCUUCAUUGCAGGCUAUUGGGGACAAUGGUUCAUCUAAUAAUCUGGCAACUCUUCUCCGGCUGAAGUGCAUGACUUGGAGCAUGGAACUAAGGAAUUCAAUACCUGGAAAUCGCUAUUCAAUCAUUACCUUGAAGUUGCAUGAUGGUACUAAAUCCCAUUUGGACGAAGUGGAAGUGAAGUUCCAGCUUUCAAGAGAUACUCUGGAAGCAAUGUUGAGAUCAAUGACUUGUAUUAAAGAUCAACUAUCUGAUUCUGUGGGUACCUAAGCCUUCACUGUUAUAUGUAUUGUAGAAAUAGAGGUGAUGUUAAACCAGUUUAUGCUUAGAUGAUGAGAAAAAUGGCACCUUCUGUACCUUGCAACGACACUACAAAUCAUUGGGAAGUUGAACAAUAGAUAAAUCUGACAUGCAUGUUCUGUUAGACACAUGAUAUUCUUGAGUUUACUCCCACCUUGAGUAUCUUAGGAGUAAAUUUAAAGACAGAC